AAAUAGACCACAACUAGCUAACUUGAUGAUUCAAAAUGCUGGUGUGGUGUCUGCAGUAAUGAAGACCAUUCAUAUUUUUCAGAAGUUGAAUUACAUGCUUUUGGCAAAACGUCUUCAGGAAGAGAAGGAGAAAGGUAAAGUGGGAUCCUGCCCUGCCCAGUCCCUUUCUUCGCCAAGCCUGGGCCUUUCCUUUUACGGCGUCCCUGGGAUAUGGCCCCCAGUGCACGUUUGUUGGAAUUUGUUUGCUAACUUAGUGCACUUGUCUCUUUGCCUCCUUUUACUGAGAAUCACCUCUAGGAAGUGUUUGGUACAAAUUCCACAAAUCCAUUCCAUCUUCUGUUGGCAUCUCUUGUUCCAACGCUUAGAGUUACCACUUCCAUUUAUCGUCUUUUCUCUUUGCCUAUCUGUCUCCAGUUCAAUUGCAGUGAACUUGGAUGUAGGAUUUCUUUUUCUUUUUUUUUUUUUGAGACAGAGUUUCGCUCUUGUUACCCAGACUGGAGUGCAAUGGCACGAUCUCGGCUCACCGCAACCUCUGCCUUCUGGGUUCAGGCAAUUCUCCUGCCUCAGCCUCCCGAGUAGCUGGGACUACAGGCACACACCACCAUGCCCAGCUAAUUUUUGUGUUUUUAGUAGAGACGGGGUUUCACCUUGUUGACCAGGAUGGUCUCAAUCUCUUGACCUCAUGAUCCACCCGCCUCGGCCUCCCAAAGUGCUGGGAUUAUAGGCGUGAGCCACCGCACCUGGCCUUGGAUGUAGGAUUUCAAAGUUAACAUCCCCCAACUCCAUUUACACAGUAUAUAAUGCGCUCACAUUUUACUGAAGUCAUGAAAAUAUAAAUAAAUUAUUGCAGUGGAAAAGCGUAAACCGGGAUAUUGAGCACCUUUUCUCCUUCACACAGUCUGUCUAUUCCUCUCCUGUCCCCAGCUUUCUGAGGACCCAGAGUAUCCUUCUUCAGGGAAUAAUCUCCUCCUUCUAUUAGGGGAUUCUCUCUCCUAUCUCCAGUACAGGUGGCACUAUAAAUUACCCACAACACAAAGGUUUUUUACAUUAUUCAAUAAAUCACUCAUCAUCUCCAUCUACAUUUAGUUUAAAUCUCGUUUAAAUUUCUGAUUUUGUUUGCUAAGAAAAUUGAUAUGUCCCGGCUUUAUGUCUGAAGAAUAAAAGAGAGGUAACAAAGGAGCAUAUCAUCCAAGGACUCUCCCAAAUGAGAGUCUCCAAAUGCCACAGUUUUAGGAUUCAAAGUACAGCUGUAGGCCGGGAGCAGUGGCUCACGCCUAUAAUCCCAGUACUUUGGGAGGCCAAGGCGGGUGGAUCACGAGGUCAAGAGGUGGAGACCAUCCUGGCCAACAUGGUGAAACCCCGUCUCUACUAAAAAUACAAAAAUUAGCUGGGCAUGGUGGUAGGUGCCUGUAGUCCCAGCUACUCGGGAGGCUGAGGCAGGAGAAUUGCCUGAACCCAGGAGGUGGAGGUUGUGGUGAGCCGAGAUCGCACCAUUGCACUCCAGCCUGGGUAACAAGAGCGAAACUCAGUCUCAAAAAAAAAAAAGUACAACUAUAACAGCAAAAAUUACAACAGCUUUUAACAGCAUUUGUGAGUGUAUAACACGGAUGACAUCACUUCUCAAACAUGACUUAUAGGAAGGCUAAAUGAAGCCAUGAAAGUGAUACUAUGUACGCUCAUAAUUCUAUACAGAUAUAAACUGUUUGCUAGUAUCUAAGGCACUGAAGAGAAAGGACUGCUUGUUAUACAUUGUAUUUUCCCAGGCUAUGUGAAGUUAGAAGGUGUAGUUCUUAGACAUGGCCCCUAGAUGGCAGUAACUACACGUUGUUUUGAAGUAACCAACUGCUCUUUUUCUUGUCUGGGAUGAGACAGGAAUCUAAGCAUAUUUAUUGGCAAACAUAGGCGGAGAAUUUUAGAAAUAUCUUUUAUUUUGUCAUUAAAUCAAGAAUUAAUUCUUCUCUUUGACACAAAGGAUAGCACAAAGUUUCACCUUCUAAAAUCUUCUCCCCAUUUUGCUGUUCUAAUGAUCCUGGGAUUUUGUUAUUCUGAUUCGAUAGAAAAGAUAGUUUGGGACUAGAAUCCAGGGACUCUCCCAAAUGAGAGUCUCCACAUGUAACAGUUGCAGGAUUCAACGUGUGCUUUUUGGAUGGGUGCAAGUGGCUCACACCUGUAAUCCCAGCAGUUUGGGAGGCCGAGGUGGGCAGAUCACUUGAGGUCAGGAGUUGAAGACCAACCUGGCCAACAUGGUGAAACCUCAUCUCUAAUAAAAAUACAAAACUUAGCCAGGAGUGGUGGCAGGCGCCUGUAAUCCCAGCUACUCGGGAGGCUGAGGCAGGAGAAUCACUUGAACCUGGGAGGCAGAGGUUGCAGUGAGCUGAGAUCACGCCUCUGCACUCUCACCUGGGCAACAACAGUGAGACCCUGUCUCAAACAACCACAAGACACAAAGUAUGCUUCUUGUAUGCUUUACAAGAAGGCAAUUAAGUUCCAUCAAAGCUAAAAUUCCAACCACAGACAUUCUUAGGCCUCCUUUGAAUGUAGGAAAUUUUUGUGUGUCUAGGCUACUUCUAUUAUUAUAGGAAAACAAUUUUUGUUUUGUUUUUUGAACAGUUAAUCUUUUAUUUUUGGUUAAGUGAUCCCUCUCCAUAGCCAUUGCAUGUCUGCAUGUAGAGUGCUAUAUGCUGUUCUACUCACAACCUCACCUCACAGAAGAUAGACGAUACCUGGAGAAUCUUUAAUGAAGACAGAGGCAAUAAUCAGUAGACAAGAGAAGCUUUUGUAGGAAGCAAAAUGAGAUAAUGUAAGGACAUGGAAGCCUAGAGAAAAGAAGCUAAGAGAAAACGUGAUCAAAGUCUACAAAAGUCCUGUAAGAUUAAAAUAAAAUGCUCAAAAGGAUAAAUGAAAUAAUAAACAACAAUGUGCACCCUGAUUAUUAAGGCAAAUGAGAGAUUCAUAGUGGGCAGACAAGCUUAUUCAUAAAUAUUGCUUUGGUACCACUGUGUGAGAUGAAAUAUGGCUGAUGUGAUGUGGCAGAAUGAUAGGUGGAUUCCCUUGACCUCCCGUGACUGUUUUCUCUAGUAUGCUGUCAUCAUAGAAGGCAGACUUUAUCUGCAUACCUUUCUGAAACCAGUUUCAUGGAACUAACCUACCAUUGGAAGAUUAGUUUAACUUCUUUCUAGAGCAGAGAUCCUGCUACAAAAUCCCAGUCAGUCAACCACUUUGUGCCUCUUUGAAAGGUAAUGACAGAGUACCUACUACCUCUUAAGACAGUUCAUUCUACUCUUAGUUCUAAUAAUCAGUUUCUCUUUUUACUACAAUCCAAGUGAUGGCCUUGUUAUUUCAGCCCAGAAUUGCUCAAAUUCUAUCAGAAAUGACAGCUGAGAAUUUUUCAGUCCCUCUUCUGCCUGAGAGUGCCUUAAGUCACCAAACAUGGCCAUCUUAUUACAUGGUCUUUCUAAAAAUCACGACUAGGAAUUGGCUUUUCAAAAUAACAUAUAACCUGACCAUAGACCUGGAGGAGCCCAGCCAGAUUAUACAACUGCAUUUUGUAGGCAUUAGUGAGGAGCCAACAUGCCACCCAUCCAUCCAUUUCUUCAUCCAUUCAGUAAACAUCUAUUGAAUUGCUAAUAGAUGCAAGGAAUCCUUUUAGGUCCUUAUGAGAAAACAAGGAGUUAAAAACAAAUCCAGAUUUUGUACAGCUUAUACUCUAAAGGGAAGGUAGACAUUUUCUUACAAGGCAAAUGAAUCCAUGUGGUGAACGGAGAACAAAAGCUCUGAUGGAAAGGAAGGAGGUUCUUUAGCAGCUGUGUCGAAGGAGCAUUAACAUGAGCCAGGAGUUAGAGCUGGUGUUGGCCAAAUGCAGGUUCCACAGGGAAGUGACCCUUGAGCUAAGCUCUGAAAAAUCCAUAGCAGUUAAAGGUACCUUCAGUCAGAGGGAACACUGUGUGAAAAUCCCCAUGAGCAAGUGUUGACCUGCCUGAGGACUGAGAGAAGGCCAGUAUGGCUGGAGUACAGAGAAUCAAUCUUCAGAGGGCAGGAUGCGGUCCCCUUGACAGACAGUGCAAAGCCUUGUAGAACAUAAUCAGAAAUCUGCCUUUGUUUCAUAGCAGCAGUUGAUUCAUUUUCGCUACGAUGUGAGAUUUCAUUUAACUUAUAAUCACAUAUACACAUAAACUCAUAUACAUAUGUAGAGAGAGAAUUGGUCUGUUUUUGAUUGUUAUUUUAGUCAUUUGAGGCCAUUGUGAAUAAUGCUGCUAUGAAUAUUUAUGCACAUUAUAAGCGUUAUGUACUUAUCUUUGUAUGUGUGUGUGUGUGUGUUUCUUUUGACUGUACACCUCUGCGUGGAAUUGCUGGAUGUUAAGGUAAGUAGAUAUUGAAUUUUAACAAAUAGUGUCCCAAACCAUUUUCCAAUGUGUUAUACAAUUUAAGCCUACUACUUCCUAGUUUCUUUUAUUUUUGUUUUUGUUUUUGAGACAGACAGGGUCUCACCAUGUCAUCCAAGCUGGAGUGCAGUGGUGUGAUCACGGCUCACUGCAGCCUUGAACUCCUGGGCUCAAGUUAUCCUCCUGCCUCAGCCUCCCAAGUAGCUGCGACUGAAGACAUGUGCCAUUGCACCUGGCUAAUUUUGAAAACAUUUUCUGUAAAUAUGGGGUCUCCCUAUGUUGACCAAGCUGGUCUCAAACUCCUGGCGGCCUCAAGCUAUCCUCCAGCCUUGGCCUCCCAAAGUGCUGAGAUUACAGUUGAUCAGAAAUACAAACCCGUAACAAAACCAAAGCCACUAAGUCAAGCUGAAAUGAGUCCUGCUGCGUCUGCAGCCAUCAGAAAAGAUGUCACAAAGCAACGUGCUGCACCAAAAGUCUCUCCUCAUAUUAAGCCUGAGCAGAAACAGAUGGUGGCCCAGCAGCCCUCUAUCAGAGAAGGGUUUCAGAAAGACCCUUUGCCGGUUAUGGUACUGAAAGCAAUGAAGCCCUUCAUGUUUGAGACCCAAGAAGGCAAGCAAGAGAUGUUUCAUGCUACAGUGGCUACCGAGAAGGAAUUCUUCUUUGUAAAAGUUUUUAAUACACUGCUAAGAGAUAAAUUCAUUCCAAAGACAAUAAUUAUCAUAUCAAGGUAUUAUCGGCACAGCGGUUUCUUAGAAGUAACUAGUGCCUCACGUGUGUUAGAUGCUGAAUCUGACCAAAAGGUUAAUGUCCCUCCGAACAUUAUCAGAAAAGCUGGGGAAACCCCGAAGAUCAGCACACUUCAAACUCAGCCCCUUGGAACAAUUGUGAAUGGGUUGUUUGUAGUCCGGAAGGUGACAGGAAAGAAGAAAGGUGUAUUAAACCUAAGUGACAACACUGGGAAUAUGGAUGUACUGGUGGCUGGAAACCAGGACACAAUAAAAUGUGAGGAAGGAGAUAAGCUUCGACUUACGUUCUUCACACUGUCAAAAAAUGGAGAAAAACUACAGCUGACAUCUGGAGUCCACAGCACCAUAAAGGUGGGAACUGCCUGGAGCAAAGUCAACUCUCCAAGGGGAUGAUAUUUUAUGUUUUCUAUCAGAAAGCUGGACUGGAGCCACUGGAAUAGAAGACAUUGAUAUUUAGUACACGAGCAUCUCACAGAACUGAGGAACCUCCCUCUUAUGAAACACGUAUUCUAGAUACACAGUUAAGAGAACAUGGGCUUUUCGAGACAC